UCAAAUCCGCACACGAGUGUCAAGACCCUUGCCGUCAACUCGUAACCGGAAACCCCAUUCUCGUCAAUUCCCUCCACGCCCCCACAAUAAAAACCAUUUCUUCUAUUUGGCGCCGACGCCUCCAACCACCCGUCCUCCCUACCUUAUCUCCAUUAUCGCCCCUUUCUGGAGCUCAGUCUCCAUGGAUCUCUCUUGGAAAUUUCACUUCUUUCUCCUCUAAUCUUUCUCCCUUUUCUCGCUCGUCAGAACGGUGUAAGAUUCUUGGGGAGUCAUGGUCUCGCUGGCGGAAUCCCAGAUCCCUUCGUCGCAGAGCCCCUGCUCUUCUUCGACUGGGAUCCAGAGGUCCCAUGGCCGAUCGAUGAGGACGGUGAGGUGCAAUUUAUACAAGGAUGACCGGAAUUGCUCCUUGGAUGACGCUCCGGCGGCCGGGAACUCGGCGGCGGUGUCGGAGAAUUUGACGGAUUCCGUGGUGGAUUUCAAGCUCCGGGAGCUCGCGGUGGGGACCGGCUCCUCCGCCUCUGCUUCCAAGUCCGCCUCCACGGAGGACGCUACCGAUCUCCUCGAUCUUUCUCGGGAUUUCUCCGAGUGCUCCAGCUUCAACUCGGAUAUAUCUGGAGAGCUCCAGCGGCUGGCUUCGAUCAUCCCUAGAUCGGAGGCGCCGCAGAGCUCGCCGUCGGAUCUGGACGACUUGGAGGUGCUAGGGUUAGGACUCUCCUCGUCGGAGAUUGUGGAGAGCGCAUCGGCGGUGGAGAGCUUCGAGCCGGCGGUGAGGGCCUGCGUGGAGCGCCUAGAGUCGGUGGCGGUGCCAGUGGAGGCGAAACGUGUGGCGGCUGCGAAGCUAAGGCUCCUGGCGAAGCACCGGUCGGAUUUCCGCGCGCUGAUCGGGGCCUCGGGGGCGAUCCCGGCGCUGAUCCCGCUUCUUCGGAGCACGGAUCCGGCGACGCAAGAGAACGCGGUGACGGCGCUGCUGAACUUGUCGCUUGAGGAGACGAACAAGGUUCCGAUUACGAUGGCGGGGGCGAUCAAGCCGCUGGUGUACGCCCUCCGGACGGGCACGUCGGUGGCGAAGCAGAACGCGGCGUGCGCGCUGCUAAGCCUGGCGAUGGUGGAGGAGAACCGGACGACGAUCGGGGCGUGCGGGGCGAUCCCGCCGCUGGUGUCGCUGCUGCUCCACGGGUCGAGCAGGGGGAAGAAGGACGCGCUGACGACGCUGUACAAGCUGUGCUCGGCGAGGCAGAACAAGGAGAGGGCGGUGCGGGCGGGGGUGGCGGGGCCGCUGGUGGGGCUGGUGGGCGAGCGCGGCGGGGGGACGGCGGAGAAGGCGAUGGUGGUUCUUGGAUCGCUGGCCGCGAUCCCGGAGGGGCGGGCGGCGGUGGUGGAGGCGGGAGGGAUCCCGGCGCUGGUGGAGGCGAUCGAGGACGGCCCGGGCCGGGGGAAGGAGUUCGCCGUUCUCGCUCUUCUCCAGCUCUGCGCCGAGAGCGCCCUCAACCGCGCCCUCCUCGUCCGCGAGGGCGCGAUCCCGCCGCUCGUCGCCCUCUCCCAGUCCGGCUCCGCCCGGGCCAAGCACAAGGCGGAGACGCUUCUGGGGUACCUGCGGGAGCAGCGGCAGGACGGCGGCGCUACGCCGGGUGGGGGAAGGUACUAACCGUAACGGUAACGUUAACGGCAGCGGAAGACCUCCUCUGUUUUAAUAAGUGAACCCUUUUUUUUUUUUUGUUUUGGGGGUGGAGGGGGGGGGGGAGUGGGGGUGGGGUGGCGCGGGGGGUUCUGUGGCGGGCUGAGAGAUGCGGAGGAGUUGGAGGGUAAGAUGAGCCUCGGGUGGAGUGGACCGAGGUGUUUGUUUUUUUUUUUUUUUUUCCGCUAAAACGAGGUGUUUGUUAAUUGUUAGUAGUUUAGUACCGUGUGUGCUCUAUGUAAAUAGGGAGGAGUCUCUUUGUGUGAAUAUUUUGCUUUGUGAGGUUGGAGCUGAGGAAGAGACAGCUGACCUGAAGGUUGAUGAGUUUUCUAGGAAUGGAGUGGACUUAGUUGUAGGGGGGUUUAAUUAAAGAUGUUGAUGUGUAUGGAUUGGAAGGGCUUUUCCGAGAGGAUUUUGGUCAUGAAAAGCUUUGGUUUUGGUUUGGAUUUUUGUCAUCCAAGUUCUGCUGUUUAGUUAUUAAACAAAAAAUUUGGAAUGGAUUCUUCUUCUAUAACUCAUUUU